GGCGGCCCCGCGCCAAGGUGCGGAGGCGGGUGGCGGACAUGGCGGUGCUGCUGGAGACCACGCUGGGCGACCUGGUGAUCGACCUCUACACGGAGGAACGGCCCCGCGCUUGUCUGAAUUUUCUGAAGCUCUGUAAAGUCAAGUACUACAACUAUUGUCUUAUUUAUAAUGUACAAAGGGAUUUUAUUAUACAAACUGGUGACCCCAUGGGAACUGGCCGUGGAGGAGAAUCCAUAUUUUGUCAACUGUAUGGUGAUCAAGCUAGAUUUUUUGAGGCAGAAAAAGUGCCAAGAAUUAAGCACAAGAAGAAGGGAACUGUGUCAAUGGUGAACAAUGGCAAUGAUCAACAUGGAUCACAGUUUCUUAUUACUACAGGGGAAAACUUGGAUUACCUUGAUGGUGUGCAUACAGUAUUUGGAGAAGUGACAGAAGGCAUGGAUGUGCUGAAGACAAUUAAUGAAACCUUUGUAGAUAAGGAUUUUAUCCCGUAUCAAGAUAUCAGGAUAAAUCAUACAGUAAUUUUAGAUGAUCCAUUUGAAGAUCCACCUGGCUUGUCUAUUCCUGAUCGCUCGCCAGAACCUACUAAGGAACAGCUAGAUAGUGGCAGAAUAGGAGCAGAUGAAGAAAUUGAUGACUUGAAAGGACUGUCUACAGAUGAAAUAGAAGAAGUUCAGGCAGAAAAAGAAGCAAAAACUCGUGCCAUUCUUCUGGAAAUGGUGGGAGACUUACCAGACGCAGAGGUCAAGCCACCAGAAAAUGUGCUGUUUGUCUGUAAACUGAAUCCUGUGACCACAGAUGAAGACCUAGAGAUAAUAUUUGCACGUUUUGGUCCCAUUAAAAGCUGUGAAGUGAUUCGAGACUGGAAGACUGGUGAAUCUCUUUGUUACGCUUUCAUUGAGUUUGAAAAGGAGGAAGACUGUGAGAAAGCCUACUUCAAAAUGGACAAUGUGCUGAUUGAUGACAGAAGGAUACACGUGGAUUUUAGCCAGUCUGUUGCAAAGAUUAAGUGGAAAGGAAAAGGUGGACGGUAUACCAAGGAUGAUUUCAAAGAGUAUGAAAAGGAACGUGACAAACCUUCAAAACUUGCUCUGAAAGAGAAGGUAAAGCCAAAGCAGGAUGCCAAGUAUGACCUUGUGUUAGAUGAGGAUAUAGAAGAGUCUCAAACAAGUCAGUCGCAUUUGGCUAAAAAGCAAAAGAAGAAAAAGCACCACCACUCUGAAGAUGAAGAGGAUGACAAAAGGACCAAAAAAUCUAAGGAUUCUGUUCGAAAACAUGAAGGAGAACGCUGUAGAGAGAAGAUAAAGAAUGAGAAGACAGACAGGCGUCGGAGUCGCAGCCGAUCUCAAGAGAGAGACUGCGCUUACAGCAAACAAAAAGACAAAUACAAAGAAGACUUUCGAAUACGAGACUGGGAUAAAAAAGCAGACAGAAGCAGAAGUCCUAAGAAAUCAAAAGACAAAGAGAGGUCUAAGUACAGAUGAAGAAUGAGGAAAAGAAAGAGAGGGACUAAAAUAUGUUUUCUUCCAGCAUUUCCAACAUUCUCUCAGAUGGAUGUGCAGUUACUGGAUAAAAGUAGUUGCCUUCUGCUGGCAGCUUGGCUUUGCAAUUCUACGAAUGCCCAGUGUAUGGCUAUCGGAGUGAGCCUUGAUUCCAAAAAGGUGGUUUCAAUAAAGUAUUUCCCAUUA